AUGUCUGUGCCCGAUCCAGAUGACGUUAUGGAUGCAGUUAUUGAUGAAGCAGAUGCUAAUUUCGAUCAUGAAUCUGAAAUGCCAAACGCGAAUGAAAUGGAUGAAGAUGUGACUGUAUGCAGUGACAGAGUGAAGGCAUUUCCAUCGUGCAACAACGGCGGUACAUCGGCAGAUAAUGAUUAUGUAGAACCAGUGCAAGCAACAGAAGAAAUAUUAAUUGAUUUUGUCCCAAGUGAUUUAGAUCUAGAUGCAAUUGCUUUCUACUAUACAGGUCAUGCUUUGACGGUGCGAUUGCUUCAUAUAAUGAAACAUUGUCCUGCUGUAAAGAAAGAAGCUUUAACAUUGCUCCUUAAACACCUUGCUGAGGGUGAAAUUACUCAAAGCAAAAAAAAAACAAAAGAUUUUCAGAAUACACUGAAUGCUAAGCUAUAUUUAUCACUUUUACGAAAAAAUAUGCAUAUUUUUUUAUCAUCUCAACCAGCAAACAUUGAAAGAUCCAGCUUAGAAGCUAGUAGGCCCACAAAACUUCCUGAAGAGCAGUGGGCAGAAACUGCUAUAAUUGAAAAUAAUGCAACUUUAGAACAGUAUCGAAAUGAAUAUAAGAAACAACAGGAAGAAGGAAUCAAGGAAUCAACUCGUCGUGCAAUGGAAGAUCUUACUCACCAUAUGAUUUCGAUGGGAAAUUUGUCAGGUGCUAUAAAGAUAGUUGGUGGCGGAAUGAGAGAAUAUUGCACCUCACCAAAACAAGUUGUUCAGGUUUUUUGUAAAAUGUUUCGCCUUGACAAAAUUUUCAAGAGAAUAGAGGUGAAAGGUUUAAAAGGAGAAAGAGAACUCUAUGCUGGGUGA